GGUUAUUUGCCACUUAGUUUUACUAAAUUCAAUUUGUCCUUUUCACCUCUCCAGCCUUUUCUUUUAAUAAAAAAGACUAAGAUUGCAGAUUUUUUAUGUUUAAUUAUGCCGAAAAAUAAAGGAAAAGGAGGCAAAAAUCGUCGGCGAGGGAAAAAUGAAAAUGAUAUCAUGAAAAGAGAAUUGGUAUUCAAAGAACCAGGACAAGAAUAUGCUCAAGUGGUUAAGAUGUUGGGUAAUGGUCGUCUUAAUGCGAACUGUUUCGAUGGGAAACCACGGUUAUGUCAUAUUCGCGGUAAAUUAAGAAAAAAAGUUUGGAUAAAUACGGGUGAUAUCAUUCUCAUCGGAUUGAGGGAUUAUCAGGAUGAUAAGGCGGAUGUAAUAUUGAAAUAUAAUCCUGAAGAAGCAAGAAAUUUGAAAGCCUGUGGACAGCUACCUGAGAAUGCUAAAUUAAAUGAAGGUGGUGAUGAUAUGGAUGAAGGAGGUGUUGAAUUCGCUGAUGUGGGAGCUCUAUCAGAUGAAGAAAAUAACAAAUCAGGAAAUGAAGAUCUGCCAUCCAGUGGUUAUGAUGAAGAUGAAGAUGAAGAAGAUGAUGAAAGUGAAGGUGAAAGUGAAGAUGAUGAUGAGCAACUAACCGAGGAACAGCUUGCUCAUGGUUAUUCUAAGCCUGGUGCGCGUGACUCUCGCGAUCGUUUCAGAAAGAAAAAAAAAUGGUAG